UGAGUGAGGAAACUGAGGCCCAGAGGAAGGAAGGGAUGCUGACAACCACAGUACCACGGGUGCUAACGGCUGGUGUCUGAGUGCUGUGUUCACGCCACUGUGCCAAGGGUUUCAUUGCAAGGAGUGAGUUGUGAGGGAGUGGCCACUCAUCUGUGUUGUCGCUACGGACUCCCAGCGCCUGCGCAGAGCCCUCAGGCCACAGACAGGAUGUCUGGUGCUGAGAGGAACCUACCGUGACUUUGGGACCCCCAGUGGCAGCUCUAUCUCCUGAAGAUGAAGUGGCCCAGGUGAAGCUCCAGGCAGGCCUGAUGGCCAGCUCAGAGACUGAAGUCCAUUGGACUGAGUCUGGCCUGGGGAAGGGGCCUGGACGGCGGCGCUGGGCCUGGGCCCAGGAGGGGAAGGAUGUGGACAGAAGUGGUGUGUGUGGUUGGGGGCAAGGAGGACCCUUUCCCCAUGCCACCAGCCCUGAGAUCCUGGAUGACUUCCGCCUGGCCCAGCAGCACCUCCCGCCCCUGGAGUGGGACCCAGAUCCACCGCCUGGAGGGUGCCAGGAUUUCGCGUCAGAAGAUUCUUCAGGAGAAGAGACGGAAGCAGAGGAUGUGGACAACCCAGAAAGCUCCAACGUACCUCUCAGCUGGCGCCCCCAGCAGGAUCCCCGGCUGGACAUGACCGAGGACGAGCCAGAUGAGGCCCCUGGGAGUCCCGGGCUUGAGGAAACUGGAGGGAGCUCCCCAGGGCUGGGAUACGAGGCUGGACUCAGUGCAGAGGGCAAUGGAAACGCCAGCCCCCUGGCUCUGGAGCAGGGCCAGGCCAGCGGCUGGGAGACCUCUGGCAAACAAGCCAGCGGAGACAAGCUCUCAGAGCAUUCUGAGGUCCACCUGGCUGUUGACCUCAGUCCAGCAAGGUCCUGGAGCAGUGGGACGGUGAGCCUUGACCGCCACAGUGACAGUCCCGAUUGGACCUGGGAGGGAGAGACCGAUGUGCCCCAGUCUGCUGCCCUGGGAGAAGCCUUACCCCAGGGCCCCAGCCACCAGCUCCUAAACCCAGAGGACAGAACUGAAGGCACGGUUGCUCAGGCAACCCCCACGGAAUUCCAGGACUCCCCUGCACCCCCAGCCCCAACCCCCCAGUGUGCUGCUGAGAGAUGGAGAAGCGAGCCCACCAGCCUCUCCUGCGCUCGGCCCGAGCCCCAGACCUGGCAGAGGAAGAAGAUAUCACCUAAGCCGCUCCCCUCACGAUUCACCGGCUCUGUCAGCCCCCCGAAUCCUCGGCCGAAGCCAGUCCUGCAGGAUAGGUCACUGCCCAGGCAGGGCGCCACUCUGGCCGGCCACUCUUCUUCUGAGGCCUCCAAGUAUGGCCGAGGGAGGCUGAACUACCCACUCCCUGAUUUCUCCAAGGUGGGGCCCCGGGUAAGGUUCCCCAGAGAUGAGACCUACCGCCCCCCCAAGUCCAGGAGCCAUGGUAGACAACCUCAGGGCCCUGCCAGGCCCCUGAUCUUCAAGUCGCCAGCUGAGAUUGUGCGGGAGGUUCUGCUGAGCAGUGGAGAAGCAGCCUUGGCCAAGGACCCUCCUCCUGCUCACCCCAUCACCAGAGUACCCCAAGAGUUUCAGACACCUGAACAAGCCACCGAGUUGGUCCAUCAACUCCAGGAAGACUACCACAAGCUCCUCACCAAGUACGCGGAGGCCGAGAACACCAUCGACCAGCUACGCCUUGGCGCCAAGGUGAACCUGUAUUCGGACCCGCCCCAGCCCAGUCAUAGCAUCCACAUCGGGAUGAUGCCCCAGGGGACCAAGGUCUUAUCCUUCACCAUCCCACAGCCUCGCACAGCAGAGUGGCAGCCGGGUCCCACCAAGGACCCCCAGACCUCAGAGGCCUCAGGAUGGCCAUCAUCGGCUCAAGGAGAGCCCUGCCCCUCCUCGCCCACCGGCUCGUCCACCCCCAGGUGCCUUCCGGGCAAGCAGAGCAUGGCUAAGGACCAGUCCUCAGCAGAGUGGACCCAGGCGCUGGCUUCUCAGGCCAGGCAGUUCCUGGCCAAGGUGGAGUCCUUCGAAGGACUGAUGCAGGCUGAACGGCUCACACCCCGGGACCAACUCCAGGCCUUCCAGUGGCUGAAGGCUGCCCACGCAGCCCUGGAGGAAGAGUAUCUGAAGGCCUGCAGGGGUCAGCACCAUGCCCAGCAGCUCUCCGGCUCCAGGGGACCGCCUGGGAAAUUUGAUCCCAGCAGGGAGCUGGAAGCAGAGAUAUACCAUCUGGGAAUCCGCCUGGAAGAGCUGAAGGACCGCAUAGACCAGACCCAGCAAGAACCUGCGUCCUCCAGAUCCGACUCUGCUCUGGCCCACAGCACAGCUGCGCCCUUCCCCCACCAGCCUGCAUACCUGCCAGCUCCUUCGGGACAAGCCCCCACGCCGGCCACCCAGACUCCCUACCCCGAGCCUGCCGCCGCCAGCCCCUGCCCUUUACACGUGAACAUGGAGGUGAGCUCUGGCAGCAGUGAGGUGGGGGACAGGCUACAGGCCCUCCCGACCCCACUCAGGCACAAAGAGCUGCAGGUGGAGCAGGAGUUCCAUGGCCUCCUGGAGCGGUACCUCAGUGUGAAGUCUCUCCCGGAAGCCAUGAGGAUGGAGGAGGAGCAGCGGGAGGAGCAGGGCGUUUGUACCCUGGAAGCAGACGGGCCGACUCCAGCUCCAGCAAAAGCAGAAGCGACCAGGGUGCCCCCAAGGCACCCCCCAGCUAAGGGUGGAAGAAGUCACGGGGCCCCCCUCAAGGAGGCCGUGGAGCAGAUGGUGUGUGUGAAGCCACCAGGCUUCCAGACAUCGAUGGCCAGAGAUAGGUCCUUGCCGGGCCUGGGCAAGGCAGAGGCUGAUCCUCCAGGCCCUGGCAUGGCACCCCACGCCCUGGGCACCAGGUCCGCAGUGUCGCACCGGAGUAGCACGACCAGCUUGGAGGGCAGCAGCACCUCUGAGCGCCUUCCACGGAAGCCGGCGCAGCGAGCUGGCGGGCCGCCCCUGGAGGAGCCCUGGAUGGCAUCUCCAGAGACAGACAGUGGCUUUGUGGGCUCAGAAACCAGCAGAGUGUCACCCCUCACCCAGACCCCGGAGCAUCGGCUCUCCCAUAUCAGCACCCCGGGAACAUUAGCCCAGCCCCUCAGCACGUCGGUACCCCAGGACUCAGCCUCCCACCCCAUGGCCAGAGGUCUUCCGGUCCCCAGAAGAGUUGCUGAGCCCAGCACGCCCAGGACGCGAGUCCAGAGGCAUCGCUCCAGUACCAGCAGCCCUCUCCAGCAGAGGGCGCCCAGCUUCUGCCUGGAGCGUGCGUUGGCAGCUGAGAUGGUGGUCCCUGGCUCGGAGUUCGAGGGGCAAAAGCAGAUUUCAGAACAGCUGCUCCCCGGCAGGACCAUCAGCCCACCUCUGACCCCAGCCCCUGCAGCUGCCCCUCUGCCCUGUGGACUGACCGGGACCACCUCCAGCUUCCUCCUCACCAGGACAGGGCGAGACCAGGCCAUCCGGGAGCUGCAGGAAGAGGUGUCCCGGCUCCGUCUGCGGCUAGAGGACAGCCUGCACCGGACCCCCCAGGGCAGCCCCACGCGCCCCACGUCUGCCUUCGACCGCCCCGCCCGGGCCCGGGACCGGCCAGCGGAGUCCUCAGCUGCCUGGGGCCCCCAUUAUGGCAGUAAAUCCACAGAGAGACUGUCUGGUGAGCCCGAAGGCACAGAGCCAGCCGUGCCCGCAGGAAGGCGACGCGCCAGGUCCUCCUCAGUGCCUCGGGAAGUGCCCCGACUGUCCCUGAGUUCGGAAUCGGAGCCCCCCUCCCCCGGGCUGUUCUCUGAGAAGAGCAGGACCACCAAGGAGAGUCCGCCGGCACCUCGGGACAGAACGAGAGGGGUGGGCAGUGCCGGACAGCCGGGCAGGGUCACCUUCCGGGGCCAGUACACAGGUCAGGAGUACCAUGUUCUGUCCCCCAAGGCUGUCUCCAGAGGCGGAGGCACGGUUUCCUGUCCCCACUGCCAGCCCGCCAGGACCCAGGCCACAGGUGGCCCUGCCAUCAGGGAUCCCCUGGGCCCGACUCCCACCGAUGCCCGUCGCUGUCCCCUGUGUGGUCGAGUGGGGUCCCUGCUGGAGACAGACGGCCCAGACUCAGCCCACUCUGGUAGGACUCAAGGGGCAGAAAAAGCCACCACGAGGAAACACUCACCAUCGGCGUCCAGCCCCAGGCAGAGGAGCAAGCGGGCAGUGUCACCGCCAAGGCCGCCCCCUGGACUGUGGUACCUGGCAGCCGCGCCCCCAGCGCCAGCCCUGCCAGCCUGUGCCUACAUCUCUUCAGUUCCCGUGGUGCCUUACCCGCCAGCCGCUGUGUACUACGCAUCCCCAGCACCUACCUCAGCCCGACCAGCCGCAGAGUGGCCCCCCACGGCCCCCUCCCGGCCAGCCCGGGGGCACCGGCGCUCCCUCCAGCUUGACCUGGACGACUUGGAGGAGCUCAGCAAGGCCCUGAGCCAGGCGGUGCAGGCGGCCGAGAGCGUCCGCUCCACCACGCAGCAGCUGAGCCGCUCUCUGUCGGCCGACCUGCGCCAGGCCCGCAGCCUUCGGGGCUCCUGUCUCUUCUGACACCACUGAGGCUCGGGGACAGGCAGUGGGCAGGGCCCACAGCCUCCCACCAGGAGGUCCCAAGUCUCUGUACAGGUGCCACCACCUCUGUCACCAGGCACCGGCCUGGUCACCAAGAGACGAACGUCCUGGGGGACCAGCCCCCUCUGAGGAGACGCCGCCAGGGAGGACACCUAUGUCCGGGGCAGUGUCUGGGACUCUCCUCUCCUGGUCCCAAGCUCUCCAUGUCCAGCUAAUAAUACGUAUUUUGUGUACAGAUGGACAGAUAGUUGUUGAAACCAUGUUGUCCUGGUCUUAGAUCCUCCUUAGGAUGACAGAGGAGAAGGGAAAGGCCAGGGUCUCUGUCCCUUAUGUAUGACCAGCCACCCCUGGGGCAAGUGUCUCAGAAGCACACGGGCUGGAGGCCCCUCUCCUAGUGACUGGUGGUGAGCGGGGCAUUUGGGGACAGGUAGGGCAUCGCAGGGCGUCAGAGACCUCUCCCGCUGGGCCUGCUGGGAUGGAGACCCCUGCGGAGGCCUGGGAAGCCACCUACCACGAUCCCUCUUGGUGCCUCACCCUGAGCCCCACUUCCCUGCAGUCCCGGCGGCAUCUGACUAGCGGUCAGCUAGCUGCAUGGCUGCUGUCUGGCCACGGCCCUCUCCCACACCCUCACCUGUAGCAGAGCGUACCUCAGCAUUUCUGGAUUGUAUGUGCGUCAUUGAUGUUUGUAUAUUUGAGACUUUUAAAAAUCUAUUUUCGUUACAAGGGCAAAUGAACAAAAAUAAAUAUUGAUCUUUUAAAAAAAA